UAUCAAGUUUUACACAACAAUCAGGUAAAUCUGGUUAGAUACCUGCAGAAAAGUUGGCAAACAAUCAACGAAAAAGUGAUUUUUUAUUAUCACAACAAAAAGUAUAAACAAAAUAUGAUCAAUCAAUUAGCAACAAUUAACUUUAGAUGUGACAAUUUGAUCAUCAACACACUAAACCUAAUUAAAGGGAGAGAAAACUUAAUGGAAUUGAAGAGUUAAUAAUCUAAUUCUAAUCCAGGAUAGUUAAUUGUUGAAAGGAUCGAAAAGAUAAUUAGUAGAAUGAGAAAAAGAGAGAGAGAAAAGAGAAACUCUCACAAUUGUAAUAAUUCCACAAUUUAAGGUAAAACCAGAUUCCGUUGUUCCAAAUUUUUCUCUCUUCUUUUCUCUUUUGUUCUCAGUUGAUUUUAUCACCACGUUUUCUUUGCAAUUUAAUGUCAAACAAUUCAAGUUCUUCCAAUGAUCCCAACAAUCAACAUGUUUGUCGUAUUUGCUCCGACCGAGCAAUCGGUUAUAAUUUCAGUGUCCUCACAUGUGAACCAUGUAAGGCCUUCUUUAGACGGACAGCGGACAAACUAGAGGAAUUACAAUGUCCGUUUAAUAACGACUGUGAUAUUGAUAAAAUUACCAGGAAAAUAUGUCGCCGAUGUCGUUUGGUAAAAUGUCUUAAAGUUGGCAUGAGAAAAGAUUGGGCUCAAAGUGAUGAUGAGAAAAAAUCUCGAUUUGAAAAUUGUACCAAUUUGUCUCGUGGGUGUGGUAGUGUCAAAAGUUCUACUAUCAGUUCAAGAUCAUCUAAUUACAAUUGCAAAGAUAAUUUAUUACGAGAUUUUAAAAUGUGUAACAAAUUAACUUCAAGGAGCUUCGUUAAAGAUAAUGAUUCCAUCUCAUCUAAUCGUAAUACCUGGUCAUCAUUAUCUCUGCCCACGCCUUCACCAUCGCCAUCUUCUUCAUCAUUAUCAAUGUCUUCAGCUAAAAUGGGAGCUUCUUUCAUGCAAUUAUCUGGUAAAUCAACUUCAUCCUGCUCUUCACCAUCUUCAUCCCUGCAAUCAUCAAAAUCAUGUUCAAAUCUUAAUCGUUAUGGUCCAAACAAACAACAUUCUGGUUUGAUGCCUGCACCUUGUUCAUCUUCAGCAUCCUCAUCAUCUUCCUCUUCAUCAAUUAUUCCAACCAUUGAUCUGAUGAAUUCUCUACAACGAACUUAUUACCCUCAAUCUAAUUGUAAACAACCAAGACAGGACAUUCAAAGUAUUUUAAAAUCAGACAGUAAUUCCGAUUGGUUGAUUAGAUUUCUAGUUGAAAGCCAUGCACUAAAUUUACCAACAUCUAGACUAUCGGUAGAUCAAUUAAAUUCUGAAUCGAGUAUUGUAAACAAAACUGAUCAAUCUUCAACAAUUCGUGCAACGGAAACGGCUACUUGUUUACAACAACCACAACCACAAUCAUCAUCAUCGUCAUCAUCAAGAUCGGAAUCCAAUCCUUGUACCCGAGUUGGUGUAAUUGUUGAUGGACGGAAAUUAGCACCAUCACCGACACCGAUGAUUAGCUCAAAAAAGACUUGUGUUUAUCCACCAGGGUUAUCCUGCUCGGAUCGACAAAAACAACAACCACCAUCAUUAACACCAAUCAAUCAAACUGAUUGCAAUUUGAAAGCCCGAGUGAUUCGUAAAAUUUUGGACGCUAAUUUUGCUCCAAGUCAUUUAAAGCAAGGAUGUCGAAAAGGAUUCGCAUUAGAUGAUCUAGAAUCUGAAACGAUCGAUAGUUUAGUCAAUGCUUUCGAUUUUUUUAAUCAACCACUAACCGUAAACAAUUGUGAAUUAACCUCCAUUGAAGGUGUAACACAAUUUACCGACCUUUAUCUAGAAAAAUUGAUCUCCGGUUGUAGGUGUUUAUCUUCUUACUCUAAAUUGUGUCUAGAAGAUCAAAUCACUCUGGUCAAAGGAGGAUUUCCCGAUAUACUGACCGUUAAAAGUCACUUUUGUGCCUCAAUGUCAACCACCUCAUCCUCACCCAGACCGAGCGAUAACUGUUGGCAAGCAACUAAUCAACAACCUGAUAAUCCUUUGAGACGAGUUGAAGAUUCAUUUAGCAAUGAAAGUGAUCAAGGAAACACAAUUAACUUGAACUGGAUCAGUGAUCCUAAAGUUAUUUGUAUUUUAAUUGCAAUCGUCCUAUUCAACCCUGAUCUUCCUAACUUGCAAGCAAUUGAUACAAUUAAACUUGAACAAUAUACGUACAUUUACCUGUUGAAACGAUAUUUAGAAUCACAAUGUGGCUCAUCAUGUCGAGCGCGAACUGAACAUUUUAAUUUAAUCUUUUCUAUUGAGAAAAUUAUGGUAACACGAAUGGAGCGAACAUCUCAUUCAUCGAACGAUUGACCACUGGCUAUUCUUUUGUGACCAGUUGAUUCAUUUGUUUUUUUCUCACAAUUCUUCGCACAUUUAAAUGGAAACAUUCACUCUUAUGUAAAACUAACGCUGGGAAUUACGAAAAUAAUCAAUUAAUCAAUCCGGGAAUACAAUCUAUUUAUUGAUCUCCGCAUUUGUUUGCUUGAUUGCUAGGAAAAAACAAAGCUCGAUCUAAUAUUUUCAAUCACAAUUAAUCAACUGUUUUAACCAACACCAUUUACUUGUUAGACUAAAUCAAUUCAACAAUGAGAUUGAUUCUGAUAAAAAAAAAAUAAGACCAACAUCUAGAAAUACAAAAGAUUAGUUAAAUUUUCUGAACUUAUUGUGAGUUAAUAUAAUAUUAUUUUAAUAUUACUAUUCGUAUUAAUAAAAGUAUAAAAUCAUCCUUUGUAAUAACAA